ACGCGUCCCUUUUCCCCAAAUACCCAUUAUUAACUAUCCUUGAAUUUCCUCAUUUUCUCUACUCUCCUCCCAUGGCGAAAUUUUGAAUCCUCCUCCUUUCUCUACAGCAUCUCGCUGCUUCUUGCAAAUUAUCCCUCUAUUCGCUUCAGUCUCUGCUUAAUUUCAUCGUCUUCCUCACCAAUAGUCGACAACGAGAAAAUAAGUAUCUGAACAUCUCUAUAUCAGUUAUCCAAGUUGAACUGGUUUUGAUUCCGAUUUCAUUGUCAGAUUCGUGGUUAGAAUUGGUUUAAGUAUUAGCUAGCUCUCAAAAAGCACGAAACAAGCAAAAUGGACUCAUAUGUGGGUAAGUCGCAUAAAGGUUAUAGGAGGACAGAAUCAAGAAAUAAACAUUCCUGGUGGUGGGAUAGCCACAUCAGCCCCAAAAACUCCAAAUGGCUUGCUGAAAAUGUCGAGGAAAUGGACCAAAGCGUAAAACGCAUGUUAAAGCUAAUUGAAGAAGAAGGAGACUCAUUCGCCAAAAAAGCCGAAAUGUAUUACCAAAAAAGACCCCAACUCGUAUCUCACGUCGAAGAAUUUUACCGCAUGUAUCGAUCGUUAGCAGAACGAUACGAUAAUGUCACUGGUGAGUUACGUAAAAACAUCCCUUCAGAUCUCCAGUCCCAAGGGUCCGGAGUCUCAGACGUGAGCUCCGAACCACCUCUGGGUUCGAAUUCGAAUUCGAACCCCCAACGCGGGUCCCGGUCUGGUACCGGGACCCGAGCUGCAGGGUUUGAUGUGUUUCUCAAAAGCGGUGGGAGUAGUUCCGAUUUGGGAACCAAAGAAGGCGACGAGACGUCGACUUUGGAUUCGGAAUCGGAAUCUGACGACUCGUCGGUUAACAACUACCCGAUUCCAUUGGAAUCCGAGGUCAGGAAUAAGAACGAUCGCGUCGAAGAGGAACUUCGAGUUGCAAACGAGAAGAUUCAUGAGUUGACAGCCGAGCUUCAAAAAUACGAAUCGAUGCCACCGCCACCACCACCUCAGCAUUCCGAUUCCGAAGGUGGAAUUGUGAAUGCCGGUUUGGAAGAGCAAGAACGCAAGAUCCAAUCACUCGAGAUUGAUUUGAAAGUAACAAAACAAAAGGUUUUGGAAUCAGAGGAGGAAGUGAAAAGAUUGAGACACGAGCUCCAUAACAAUGCGGCUCAAAAGGAGAUUUCGAGUUGGAAAUUGAAAUUCGAGAAAGAGAAACGGGAAGUGGCGAAGAUGAACGGUCGGGUAACGCGGUACAAAGAGAAUUUGUCCGAACGGGAUCGGGAAAUCCGGGCGAUGAGGGAAACGUUAUCCAACGCAAAUAAAACAUUAUCAGAAGAGAAUUUUCAACUUGAAGAGCAAGUCACCAAGUUGUUGAAAGAACGCGCGCUUUUGGAAGAUGUCAUAAAAGAAUGGGAUUUACGUUGUCAAUGUUCCGAAGAGGAGCUUCGAAGACUUAAGAUUGCGAACACCGGAAUGGAAUUCGAGAUUGAGGAGUUGAAGGCUAAAGUGUCGGAACUCAAUGAAUUAGUGGUUUCGAAAGAUGCGGAAAUCGAGGGUUUGUGUGGGCAUUUGAGGGAGUUGCAUUUGGAGCAUGUGGAGUUGGUUGAUGGAAUUGAGAAGUCAAAAAAGUCAAUAGAGGAGUUGAGGUGUAGAGGAAUGGAAUUGGAGAGAGAAAUUGAGAGGCAAAGGGAAUUGAUUGAGGAAGGAGGUGAGGAGAAACGGGAGGUGAUACGACAACUGUGUUUUUCACUUGAGCAUUACAGAGAUGGAUAUCAGAUGUUGAGACAAGCGUUUACGAGUCAAAAUAAGCGACACCUGGUGAUGGCAUAGUAAGUAAGUAAUUAUUAAUUAUAUAAUACUGUAAUUAAUUUACAGUUGGGGGUUGAUUUUGCAAAUUUUGAGUUUAUGUGGGACUAGUGUGUAACUAAGUAAAGGCUUGAAACCUCUUAUUAUGGACUAUUUCUGUCAUGUAUCAUCUUUAAUAUAUAUAUCUUCCAUUUCAAAAAAGAUAUAUAUUUGAUUGUGUAAUUGUGUUUAGCAUAUGAACUUGAAAUUUGAAAAUA